CCGCUUCACCUAGAGAAAUCCCGGAAACGCGGAAUCAGCGGAGCGCGGUGAAGGCGCGCGCUCUCCCCGCGCAUGCCCAGUGCCAGCUCGCGCCGCCAGGCUCGCAAGCACCGCGCAGUCCAGCUGGCCGGAUCCCGCCGUCUGUCAUGGCGGCCCCCAUCCUGAAAGAUGUAGUGGCCUAUGUUGAAGUGUGGUCAUCCAAUGGAACAGAAAAUUAUUCAAAGACAUUUACAACGCAGCUUGUGGAUAUGGGGGCAAAGGUUUCAAAAACUUUCAACAAACAAGUAACUCACGUUAUCUUCAAAGAUGGCUACCAGAGCACUUGGGACAAAGCUCAGAAGAGAGGUAUAAAGCUCGUUUCGGUGCUCUGGGUUGAAAAAUGCAGGACAGCUGGAGCACACAUUGAUGAAUCAUUGUUCCCUGCAGCUAAUACGAAUGAACACUUACCAAGCCUAAUUAAAAAAAAACGUAAAUGUAUGCAGCCCAAAGAUUUUAAUUUUAAAACACCGGAAAAUGAUAAGAGAUUUCAGAAGAAAUUUGAGAAAAUGGCUAAAGAGCUACAAAGGCAAAAAACAAGUCUAGAUGAUGAUGUACCUAUUCUCCUAUUUGAAUCUAGUGGUUCAUUAACAUAUAGUCCCACAAUUAAAAUUAAUAGUAGUCACCACAGCACAAUGGAGAAGAGAUUACAAGAGAUGAAGGAGAAAAGGGAAAAUCUUUCCCCCAGCUCUUCCCAAAUGAUUCAGCAGUCUGAUGAUAAUCCAAGUAACUCUCUGUGUGAAGCACCUUUGAACACUGCACAUGAUGCUUUGUGUUCAGAUGAAUCCUUUGCUGGUGGCAUACACUCAUCUUUUGAUGAUCUUUGUGGAAACUCAGGAUGUGGAAAUCAGGAAAGGAAGUCGGGAGGAUCCAUUAAUGACAUUAAAAGUGAUAUGUGUAUUUCUUCACUUGUAUUGAAAGCAAAUAAUAUUCAUUCAUCACCAUCUUUCACUCACCUCGAUAAAUCAAGUCCUCAGAAAUUUCUGAGUAAUCUUUCAAAGGAAGAAAUAAACUUGCAAAGAAAUAUUGCAGGUAAAAUAGUCACCCCUGACCAAAAGCAGGCUGUAGGUAUGCCUCAGGAGACGUUUGAAGAGAAGAAUCGUUUGUCUCCUACGUUAUCUUCUACAAAAGGCCACCUUUUGAUACGUUCAAGACCCAGUAGUUCCUCAGUAAAGAGACAAAGAGUAUCACAUGGCUCCUACUCACCUCCAAAGGAAAAAUGCAAGAGAAAGAGGAGCAUCAGGAGAUCUAUCAUGCCGAGGCUGCAGCUAUGCAGGUCGGGAGGCAGCCUGCAGCACAUGGCGGGACCUGCGUUCGAGGCUCUUAGCUGUGGGGAGUCUUCAUAUGAUGACUAUUUUUCACCUGAUAAUCUUAAGGAAAGGAAUUCAGAGAAUCUUCCUCCCACAUCUCAGCCGCCAUCAAGCAUUGCUCAGUUCAGCUGUAGAAGUCUUUCUAAGAAGGAGAGAACAAGCAUAUUUGAAAUGUCUGAUUUUUCCUGCAUUGGUAAAAAAACCAGAACAGUUGACAUUACCAGUUUCACAGCAAAAACCAUCUCCAGUUCUCAGAUUACUGCAAAUGGUGAAGGCCGUGCAACUUUGAGUUGCGUGAUUUCUGAGGAAUCCUCUGCCCCUGAAGAAACCCUAAGGUGUUGUAGACAGGCUGGGAAAGAAGACGCAUGCCCAGAGGGAAAUGGCUUUUCUUACACCAUUGAGGACCCCGCUUUUCCAAAAGGACACGAUGGUGAUUUAACUCCUUUGGAAGGAAGCCUUGAAGAAGUGAAAGAAGCGGUUGGUCUGAAAAGCACACAGAACAAAGGUACCACUUCCAAAAUAUCAAACUCCUCUGAAGGUGAAGCCCAGAGUGAACAUGAGCCAUGUUUUAUAGUUGACUGUAACAUGGAGACGUCUACAGAAGAAAAGGAAAACUUACCCGGAGGAUACGGUGGAAGUGUUAAAAAUAAGCCAACAAGGCAUGAUCUUUUAGAUGACUCAUGUGACAGCUUUAAGGGCCUCAUCAAACCUCAUGAGGAAUUGAAGAAAAGUGGGAGAGGCAAAAAGCCAACAAGAACAUUAGUCAUGACAAGCAUGCCAUCUGAAAAGCAGAAUGUUGUCAUCCAGGUUGUGGAUAAAUUGAAAGGCUUUUCAAUUGCGCCAGACGUCUGUGAGACCACAACUCACGUGCUCUCUGGGAAGCCACUUCGCACCCUGAAUGUGCUGCUGGGAAUCGCGCGUGGCUGCUGGGUUCUCUCUUAUGAUUGGGUGCUAUGGUCUUUAGAAUUGGGUCACUGGAUUUCUGAGGAGCCAUUCGAACUGUCCAACCACUUCCCUGCAGCUCCUCUGUGCCGAAGUGAGUGCCACUUGUCUGCAGGGCCGUAUCGCGGAACCCUCUUUGCCGACCAGCCAGUGAUGUUUGUCUCGCCUGCCAGCAGCCCCCCAGUGGCCAAGCUCUGUGAACUAGUCCACCUGUGUGGAGGCCGGGUCAGCCAAGUCCCCCGCCAGGCCAGCAUCGUCAUCGGGCCCUACAGCGGAAAGAAGAAAGCAACAGUCAAGUAUCUGUCUGAGAAAUGGGUCCUAGGUAAGAAUCUAGGCACAGAGACACUGCUGUGGGGUCCAGCUCUAUGGGUCUUAGGUAAGAAUCUAGGCACAGAGACACUGCUGUGGGGUCCAGCUCUAUGGGUCUUAGGUAAGAAUCUAGGCACAGAGACACUGUUGUGGGGUCCAGAUCUAUGGACAGGUUUCCAGGGAGGGCGGCGUCACGCUCACACCCCCUUCCACGCAGCUGGGGCACCUGGGUUGAUGUCUCAGCCUCCAGCAUCUGCCCUGCCAGCGUCACGUGGUCACCCUCGGCAUUCCCGCUCCUUGCUGUUAGCAGAAGUACAGUUCACAAGGAAAUGGGAACUCUAACUGGACUUCCCCACUUGACUUCCCUGGCUCAUGUGAAAAACCCAGUCUACCCAAAGCCACCCCUGUGUGCACAGGCUCUCCAGGCACCCCUCUUAGACCCCCCCUCCCCAGUGCCUCCUUGUCCUGCUUCAAGAGUCCCUGGCAGCGCCCGGCAUUAGGGCCCAAGCCCCCGUCCGUGCCAUCUCCUCUCCCAGGUACAUCUCGUGAUCACUCCGUCUGCUCAUGUGCUCAAAGGGCAUUAAAGACGUAAAACGACUCCAUCUUUUAUUUCACAAAGUGAGCACAGUGUGACCGUAAUGUCCCGCUCUGGCAUUCAUGGAGUUGCACCAGGCGCUGUGUGCGAUUCUGGGGAGGAAGAGGUGGUAGGAGCUGAGCUGUGAUCAGAGGAGGCUGGAACCCCACGCCGUGCUAACACGCGGGCUCCAGGAGACUUGCAGGUGAUCCCCCGAGAAGAGGGUUAAGGAAGAGUGUGAAGCAAGGAUGGCCUGGGGAAUGCGGAGGAGGCAGGGGCAGCGCGUGUGCUAGAACUGGAGUCAUAUGUGGCAGGACAAGCCUAGGGCUCCACUGUGGGGAAAGCCACACCCUCCUCCAUGGGGUUGUGAUAAACAUGUUAGGUUGCUUGGGCUGCCAUCGCAAAAUACUACAGGCUGGGUGGCUUCAAGCAACACACAUCGUCUCUCAGUUCUGGAGGCUGGAAGUCUAAGAUGGGGUAUCAGCAGCAUUGCUUUCCCCUGAGGCUUCUCUCCUGGGCUUGCAGACAGCUGCCUUCUUCCUGUGACCUCACGUGGCCCCUCCUCCAUGCACACACAUCCCUGCUGUCUCUGUGUGUGUCCAAAUUUUCUCUUCUCUAAGGAUACCAGUCAGAUUGGAUUAGGGCUCAUCCAAUGGCAUCGUUUUAUUUGCUUUUAUUUAUUUUUUUUGAGACAGUGUCUCUUUCUGUCACCCAGGCUGGAGUGCAGUAGCACGAUCAUGGCUCACUGCAGCCUCAACCUCUCUGGCUCAAGUGAUUCUCCUGCCUCAGCCUCCCAAGCAGCUGGAACUACAGCUGCACGCCACCAUGCCCAGUUUUUUUUUUGUUUUUGUUUUUGUUUUGUAGAGGUGGGGUCUCCCUGUGUCGCCCACGAUGGUCUCAAACUCCAGGGCUCAAGCGAUCCUCCUGCUUUGGCUUCCCAAAGUGCUGGGAUUACAGGUGUGAGCCACUGCACCUAGCGCCAGUGGCAUCAUUUUAACUUGUCUUUUUCAAGGCUCCAUCUCCAAAUACAGUCUCAUCCUGAGUUACUGAGGGUUAAGACAUCAACAUAUGAAUUUUGGGCAGACACAAUUCAGCCCAUAACAAUGAAUCACUCUAGUUUCAGCCCCUGGGGCCAAGAUCCUUACCUGACUUUAGAGGUACAUCCUCUCUCUCUCUCCCAUUCUCUCAUUCUUUUCCUCUCUCUUUGCUUCCAUCUCCUUCCAUGUUUCUUAUUCAGUCUCCUUUCUUAGUACUUCUGCUCGUCUCUAAAUCCUAAACUUCUGGCUUUUCUCACCCCCUCCUAAACAUUAUCCUUUAAUAGACAGGUAGAUACUCUGUUUGUCCAAGAUACAUUCGUAUCUAACUACGGACAUUUUACAAAUAUCUUUUACAUAAUUGAUGGUCAUCCUUUCAUAUAUUUUAAAAGUGUGGCAAUCAAAAGUAAUUUUUUAACUCUGGUGCACAGUAAUUCAUCUUUUGCCUGGAAACCAACUUCCAAAAAUAUAUAUAUAUAUAUGAUUUUAGUCACAGUCCAAAAGCUAAGAGGCUGUUUACUCUUUUCUAAAUACCAAGAAUAUAACCUUCAAAACAUCCUAUGUUCUGAAAAGAGGCUGCUGUUUUGUGUUUUUGGAGAAGUGUAUUAUCAAAAUGCCACCGACUGCAGAACAGAACUGGGUCCGAAAGCAUGUCUGGGCCAGCUGACGGAACUGUGCACACAAUUGAUAUCCACAGUGCAUAUCAACAAGCAAUCUUUUUGGAGUUUGGAAAGCAUGUGCCGUGCAGGGCCCGAGCCUGCCUCUGCACUCGUGUUUCCAGGUUGGGUGGCUCUGACGGCCCCUUCCUGUGGCUCCUGCGUCCUUGUGUGGAGUCACGCUUGCUCGGCAGCUGCUCACUUCCUCCAGUUGUUUUGCCGCUUGGCUCUCCCGCCUGUGGGUUUUCAGGAGGCAAAUGUCUACCUGCUUAACCCCAAGGCUUCAUUCCCGCAAAGCCCUUCAGAGUUCUCUGACUUCCAGGGCUGGGCCACAGGCCCCAGCCUCUUUUUCUUUCCUCCUAUAACUUGUGUCCUGUUUCUGAUUUCUCACCAAUUAUGCCAUCUGCGUAUGCCCUUGGUAACAUCUGGGUAUUGUGUAUGCUGCAGCCCUCACCCAUGUGAGACAGGUCCCCUCACUUGCUGGCCACCGGACCCCAGUGUAGUGGGCGUCUCCAGUGUAGUGGGCGUCUCCAGUGUACCAGGCCUCUCUAGCCCACACUCUCUGAGAUGUAAGAUCACGUAGUUCUCAAGUAUUUAUUGGCUUGUAUUUUUCUCUUUGUGAAUUGAAUUCCAAUCCAGUAGCUGCAGCUAUGUAUGAAUAAAGGAGGGCUUGUUUUUCUGUCCGUACAUACUUCUGGCUCUUCUCACCCUCUGCUAAACAUUAUCCUUUAAUAGACAAGUCGAUUUUUUUGUAUUUUUCUCUUUGUGAAUUGAAUUCCAAUCUGGUAGCUGCCACUAUGUACAAAUAAAGGAAGGUUUAUCUUUCUGUCCAUACAUACACAUGUAAACCUACAGAACACAUGGUCCAAGGCAUUGCGUUUCUUUCCUCAUCCAGGUCCAGGUUGGCCAUUUGCUUAUUCUCUAACCAGAAACAAAUCACGUACUUUUUUUUUUUUUUUUUUUCUGAGAUGGAGUCUCGCUCUGUCACCAGGCUGGAGUGUGCAGUGAUGAGAUCUCAGCUCACUGCAACCUCCUGGGUUCAAGUGAUUCUUCUGCCUCAGCCUUCCCAGUAGCUGGGAUUACAGGCAUCUGCCACCAUGCCCAGGUAAUUUUUGUAUUUUUAGUACAGAUGAGGUUUCACCAUGUAGGCCAGGCUGGUCUCAAACCCCCACCCUCAAGUGAUCCUCCUGCCUUGGCCUCCCAAAGUGCUAGGAUUACAGGCGUGAGCCACCGUGCCUGGCCGAAAUCACGUAUUUUCUGUGGAAUGCAUUUACUUCCCAUAUAAAACAGAGUCAUAACCUCCACCUUGCUUACCCCACAUGCUGGUUAAAGGAGAAAACACAGAGAGUGCAAAUGCCCUGUGGCAGGCGUAGGCUUGUUAAAUGUGGCAGAUUGACGGUAUCCAUGGAUGUGUCCUCACCAUCCCUGACCCUUCGACAAAGCACACUGUGUCUUUUGGAGACUUUUUUUCCUCCCCUUAAUUUCCAUUAUAACAAAUGCUUCUCUGGACAAUAUUUCAUUCUCAAAAUUCGCAAUAUUGAAAAACUAGGAAUAUGUCAAACCAUUUUAAAGCACCAAAUUGAAAGAAAAAGUUACUUUGUUUAAAUAAAUUAAGUUAUGAAAAGACAAUACUAAAAAAAAAAACAAUUAAAUUUAUUCAAACUGGAAUAUCAACUGCUUUGUAAGGUAGGGUCCCUGGGCAUCUAAGAGUAAUUUGAGCCAGGCGUGGUGGCCCAUGCCUGUUGUCUUAGCUACGUGGGAGCUUGGCUUGAGCCCAUAAGUUCAAGGCUGCAGUGAGCUAUGAUCCCACCGCUGUACUCCAGCCUAGGCAACAGAGCAAGACCGCAUCU